AAGCAAUAAUUUCUCCUCUCUGGCUCUGUUCCUGCAGCCAGAAAACUGUGCAAGCUGUGAUUUCACAGCUUGUCACAUGGUACAAGGCUGUUGUGAAUAGCCCUGUACCAUGUGACCUCUGUUCAUUCACAGAUUUCACACGUAGUAAGCAAUGAUGUCAGAAGUGACAUCUUGCUUAACCUAUUCAUGUGAUCACUGAUUGGCCAAUCAAUGAUCACAUGAAUCGGGACCUCCCACAGAGGUCCCGUACAGCGAUCGAAGUUCCGCCAGACACAGCAGGCCCUGGAUCACGGUGCUGCACGCUCCCAGGGAGCACGCACAGGCAGGGAAGCGGGGAGGACUUUUAUAAACAGCCACCCGCUCCUGCACUCCUCCCGUCCAGCCGUUUAUAUACAUGGGCCGGACAGGAAGUGGUU